AUGCCCGCUUUAUCUACACCGGAGAGCCGCACGCCGCCCAAACCCCACCUUCACUUCCGAAUAUCUCGUGCCGGCGAAAGCGGUGAUGAUACUUUCCACUCCCGGCCCCUCCCGCAGAAGUCUUUACUCACCACAAUUUCACCGGAGGUCAGUUCCGCUGAGUUGCGCUCCUCCACCGCGGAAGCAUUCUUGAUUCCCGCGGCGAGGGAAAGGGUGUUACCAAGGAAUCAGCCCAAUAGGCUUCGCCUCAUGAAAACGCCGCCUUACAUCACCGGUACUCGUAGACAUCGCAUCCGAUCAAAUAAGGAAAUGUAUCCUCUGCGCGCGCCGCAACCCGGAAUACUACUCGAUGAAUCACGGACGCUCUCUUUAGUCUAUGCCGUAUUACCGAAACGAGUUCGACAGUCCUCACCGCCCGCCGGUUUCGAUCACAAUGCCCUGGAGACCUCCGGCAAUGAUUACCAGUUCAAUUUGAGUACCUAA